AUGACGUGGCGAAGAAUCUGCAAGGACAACUCUCUGGUUUGGCAAUCCAUCUACAUCCACGAUGAACAUUACAUCGACAUGAGCUAUUUGGACAAGAUCUGCCGACACGUCAUUGAUCUUAGCUCUGGUAAUCUUGUGGAUAUCAGUAUUGAGUACAUCGGCACCGAUCAACUCCUCAAGUACAUGGCUGAGAGCUCAAGCGGAAUCAAACGCCUCCGAUUCGUGAAUUGCACUAGCUUAACAGACGAGGGAUUCAGCGAAGUGGCUUCGAAACUUCCCUUGCUGGAAGACCUUGACAUUUCGAAAUGUGAUAACAUCUCAUCUAAAUCUCUACAGGUGGUUACGUGCUCAUUCCCUCUUUUGAAGUCGUGCAAAUUGAAUUCACUCAAACUCAAUAUAUCAAGUGAAAGCAGGUGGCUUUGUAAGGUGGAUUAUUGUCAUGGAUAA